GAAAUUGCUUGUCGGAUGUCAAUCGAACGUCAAUGCAUUCAAGCUACAGCCGCUAUGUCUAAACGCGCCCAAGCGUCGCCAUCAACGUCUCAGCCUAAGCGAGCAAAAUUCGCUUCAGAUCAGUCAUCAUUGAAAGCUUUUUUUGGAUCUUCUCCAAGGCUCACUCCGGCCAAUUCUGGGGCAGAGAAGGGAAGGAACAAUGUCACAGAACCAGUACGGAAGCAACUGAACGCAAAGGAGAUUGCUACACCAGACAUCAUUGACCUGACUUCGGAUUCUGAACCUACGCCCGGAAAUUAUGGAUCUAACAAUAUUAAUGGUCUUUCUGCUGCAGCUCCUCAAGUCAGCGACGUUGGUGGUUCAUCAGGGGCUGUCCUACCUAGUAGUCCUAAUACGCCUUCAAGGCGUGUUCCCAUGAAAAAUGACAUCGCUGUCUUGCCAAAUUAUCAGCCACUAGGAGUCGACCUUUUUGUCUAUGAUGUCCAGGAAAAUCCUUGGCCAGUCAAUGAGCCGGCGCCAUAUUCGUUCCUCGUCCAUGCCCUCGUCACGCUAUCAGGGACACGAUCUAGGACAAUCAUUCUCAACACGCUUACCAACAUGCUAAGGACUUUGCUCAAUUGGCAUCGGCCAUCCCUACUGCCAUCGCUAUACCUCCUUUCUAAUUGCUUGUCUCCUCCGUACUCUCCGGUCGAGCUAGGCAUUGGCUCCUCGGUUAUAUCCAAGGCAAUUCAACAUAUCUCCGGCCUGACCUCCUCUGCGCUUAGGCGGCUCUACAAUUCAUUCGGAGACCCUGGUGAUGUUGCAUUUGAAGUAAAGUCAAAUGUUCGCACCUUGGUGCCUCAUCCUCCGCUAAUCAUAGCGGCUGUGUACGAAUGCUUAUUGAAAAUUGCCAACUGUAAGGGACAAGGCGCAGCCAAACAGAAGCAAGCUAUCGUCGAGAAACUCCUUGUAGCAGCUAAAGGAGAAGAGUCGCGCUACCUUGUCCGUACCUUAUCGCUGAAUCUACGUGUCGGGGCAGUCAGGACCUCCAUCCUGACUGCACUGGCAAGAGCAUUGGUUUUGACAUCCCAAACUAGUCUGGGAGGUCCCGAUCGCGAUCAUUCGCCAUACCAUGCCACCUCAAAAUUAAUCUCCUUGGUUCAACCUCUCGCAGCUGAAGGGAAGAAGGUCCCUGAUGGUGCCCGCGAGAAACUUCAUGAGAAAUUCAUCCAGGCUGAAGCGUUGGUUAAAAAAGUGUUCGUUCAACAUCCGAACUAUGAACACAUUGUAGCUGGUCUCUUCAACGGCGGAUUGGAUAAUCUUGACCUACAUGUUCCUUUGACCGUCGGAAUUCCCUUGCAUCCGGCUCUGGGUUCUCCCACUCGAUCAUUGGAUGAAAUAUACGACCGUUUGGGAGAUCUUCCCUUUGCGGUGGAAUUCAAGUAUGAUGGUCAACGCGCUCAGAUUCAUGGGGUACGAGGAGUGAAUAACGACAAUCCUUCCAUUCACAUUUUCUCUCGUCAUCUAGAAGAUAUGACCACCAAGGUGAGCUAUCCAUCCGACGGCGGCCUAAAGUCAUUCCAAGAGCUCUCGAAUAGGGCAAGGAAGGACGUGGAAAUGAGCGAUAUCAAAGUUUCUGUUUGCGUAUAUGCCUUUGAUCUGAUGUAUCUAGAUGGUGAGGUCUUGCUUGCACAGCCCUUUCGAGAGAGGCGCUCUCUGCUGAGGUCUCGCUUUCCACCUUUCUCACCAAGCGACAAGGGAGCAGGUCGUCUCGACCACGUUGAAAGCUGUGAGAGCGAGGCUGGCAAAGAUGCUAUCGAGGAGUUUUGGCAGAAAGCUGUAGAGAGCCACACUGAGGGUCUCAUGAUCAAGCUGUUAAGUAGUGACGCUAUGCAAGAAGACGGAACGCAGAAAGGAAACGGAAAGCGGAAACCUUUAUCCGCAACUUACGAACCCGAUAAACGAACAUCUGCUUGGUUGAAGCUGAAAAAGGACUACGUUGUGGGUCUCGGGGAUACUCUCGAUAUGGUUCCUAUUGGAGCGUGGCAUGGGAACGGAAGGAAAGCAGGGUGGUGGAGUCCAGUUUUGCUUGCUGUUCGAGAUCCCAGGAAUGACUACUUUGUUGCCGUUUGCAAGUGUAUGUCCGGAUUUUCCGAUUUGUUUUACAAAGAGAUGGUUGCACAUUACUCAGAGGGGUCCGAUAAUUGCUCUGGGAAACCCCUCUGGGAAACCAAUACAGGAGGCUUCAGGCCCGACGUUUACUUCAGGCCUCAUGAGGUGUGGGAGAUACGAGGGGCAGAUAUCACUUUGAGCCCCGUAUCUCUAGCAGCAUCGGGCCUAUGUUCCUCCUCGAGGGGCCUUAGUCUAAGGUUCCCGCGAUUUAUCAAGACCCGAGAAGAUAAAUCGCCGGAGCAAGCCAGCACUACAGAUUUUCUGGCUCAGAUAUGGAAAGACCAACAGGGGAAAUCCAAGGCCACUGCGGGCGACGCCGAUGAUGGUGAUUUAGUUGAUGUAGAGCCAGAGCCAGAGUGGGUCGUAGGAGGAGCAGGAGAGUCGGAUGGUUGACUCCAAACCUAAAGGGUUUAGGUUAACUUUCUUUUUAAUCAGGCUUUUGGAUAUUCCCGCUUGCAAAGACUUCGCACCACGCACCAGCUUUACAUACGAUAAACAUACGAUAGGGUACAUACGGAGCAAAUCCCAGACAGCGUACAGUAAUACAGUCCGACAUUGGAACAAUAAAAUAUAAAUCAGAA